AGUUCAGCAGCAGUAGCUGUUCUUUCCUAUUCUACAGGACGUGAUAAUACAGCCCUGGGGUCAGCGCAGCUCGGAAUUUCUAUAAUUCCCCCUGCAGCAGCAGGCGCUUAUGUCCGUAGUUACAAGUGAUGAAAAGCCUCUUGUGAGUCUUGCCGAGCAACUGGAAAGCAGAUUAGCAGACGGAUGAUUGCAAACAGACAGGUAAAUUUAUUAUACAUUCUAAUACCUAUUGAGGCAUAUUGGAUUAUAAAGAAAUGUACAUUCACUCAAUACGAUUGAUGGCUUUGUAAUCUUAUACGAAUUUGGAGGCUAAACGUGGAAUUAUUGGUCUCAUUCCCCUCUGGAGCAUUUGACAAAUUGAAGUUCACAACAGUGCUGGAAUAUCCAUCAAACUUGCACUUUAGCAUCCCCAGUAUGAGAGGACAAGGUAAGAGGAAUAGAAGCCCAGACUGGGUCUAGCACAGAAGAUGACUGAAGAGUUGGAUUUACCAGUUGUUUCCCAAUCAGUGCCUAAAAGACACCACAGGAGACUUUCUGUCUUUUCCUAAUAAAAACCUGAGCUUCCAAUAUGAAUGAAGAUAAGAACCUGGGUGUGUCACAGAGAAUGCUUUCUCCAUCACGGAGCACCAGCAGCAGCUCUUCCAAGCUUGGGAGUCGCCAGGACAGCUGGGAAAUUGUAGAAGGUUUGCGGGGAAGCACCAACUUUAUACAGGAGCCACAGAGACAUGAGGGCUUCUUGCUGAAGAAAAGAAAAUGGCCUCUGAAAGGUUGGCAUAAGAGGUAUUUCUACUUGGACAAAGGAAUUUUGAAGUAUGCCAAGGGCCAGACUGAGCUGGAGAAAGGAAAGCUACAUGGGUGCAUUGAUGUUGGCCUUUCUGUAAUGUCAGUGAAGAAAUCGACAAAAUGUAUAGAUCUUGAUACAGAAGAAAAUAUUUACCAUCUCAAGGCAAAAUCUCCCGAAGUUUUUGAAGAAUGGGUGACAAUGUUGCGAGAUCACAGGCUUUAUCGACAGAAUGAAAUAUCAGUUUUUCCUAAUGAUCUAAAUACACAGUUUUUCCCAAUGAUCUCUACAACGGAAUCUUCUAACAGUGCAUUUGAAUCCACUCCACAGGAUAGUCCCUUUGCCAGACAGAACUCCAUGAAGGUUGGAAGCAGCCUCCCUUUUUCCUGUAUAAAAAGUGACAGCAGAAUUCCCGCCUGGCUCCAGUCUUCUGAUGAUAUGGACAAAUGUGCAAAAGACCUUUCACAGUGUCACAGUUAUCUGGUGGAAAUGAGUCAGCUGCUACAGAGUAUGGAAGUUCUUCAUAGGACAUAUUCUGCACCUGCAAUAAAUGCCAUGCAGAUGGGUACUUUUGAAAACCCCAAGAAAGAAAAAGGAUUACACAGGAGGAAAUGGAGGGCAAAAGGGAUAAGCAAAGAUUCUAAAGGAUCCUUGCAGGUUCCUCCGGCUUUUCCAGGGUCCAUAAGAUUACAUGCUUCCAACCCAAAUUUAUCAACCAUGGAUUAUGCUGAGGAGAAACAAUACUCCAGUGGCUCCGAUAAUUCAAAGUUUACCAAAAUGCAAGAUGAUCUGUGUCAUAUGGCUAACAAAGCUUAUUUCACUUUAAAAUCUGCUUAUACCACAAUCUUCUCAGAGAGGGAAAAGCUGAAACAUUUCUUAGAACAUGAGUCAUCCCAGUCUGCUCAGAUCACCAGUCUAAAGAAUGCCUUAUCAUCGGCUGUAAAACAAAAUACAGAUCUUAAAGAACGCUUGUGCAGAAUUCAUGCAGAUUCUUUGCUUCUUGAGUCAGCUUCUAGUGCAAAGUGCAGCCCUGAGAAGGAGAAUCCAAGUGAGGUGAGCAAACCUCUUGUUCAUCAGUUGUCCAAUGAAAGCCGUCUGUCAAUCACAGAUUCUAUCACAGAGUUCUACGAUGCUCAGGAAGUGUUGCUGUCAUCAAGCUCGUCUGAGGUAUCAGAUGAUGACUCUUAUGUCAGUGAUAUAAGUGAUAACAUUUCGGAAGAUAACCUUAGCAACGACAUUGACCAUGAAAGACAGUCUUUAGAUUGCAGUUCUGUAACAGAAGUUGAUGGUUGCUUAAAACAUAGGACUUGUCUUCCUGCUCCGUGUCCUAAUACAAGUAACAUUAGUUUGUGGAAUAUCCUCCGUAAUAACAUUGGAAAGGAUCUAUCCAAGGUAUCAAUGCCAGUAGAAUUAAACGAGCCGCUCAAUACCCUGCAGAGGCUGUGUGAGGAACUUGAAUACAGCAGCUUAUUGGACAAAGCAGCUCAAACUCAGGACCCAUUUGAACGAAUGGUAUACAUUGCUUCGUUUGCAGUAUCUGCAUAUGCAUCUAGUUUCUACAGAGCUGGAAGCAAACCUUUUAACCCUGUUUUGGGUGAGACAUAUGAAUGUAUCAAAGAAGACCGGGGAUAUCGGUUUGUUGCAGAGCAGGUUUGUCAUCAUCCUCCAAUAUCAGCUUGCCAUGCAGAAUCAGAAAACUUUGUAUUUUAUCAAGACAUCAGGUGGAAAAACAAAUUCUGGGGUAAAUCAAUGGAAAUUGUACCAGUAGGCACUUCACAUUUGAUACUCCCAAGGUUUGAAGAUCACUAUGAGUGGAAUAAGGUAACAUCUUGUAUCCAUAACAUUUUGAGUGGCCAGAGAUGGAUAGAACAUUAUGGAGAGAUAAUCAUAAAAAAUACCACAAAUAACAUUUGCCAUUGCAAAGUGACCUUCAUCAAGUCAAAAUAUUGGAAUCCAAAUGUUCAUGAAAUCGAGGGCACCAUCAUGGACAGAAAUGGCAAAGUAGUUCAUAAACUGUUUGGAAAAUGGUAUGAGAGCCUGUUUUAUGGGAGCUCUUUAUCCCCCACCUGCGUCUGGAGAGCGAAUCCUAUGCCAAAGAGUUAUGAGCAGUAUUAUGGAUUUACAUACUUUGCAUUAGAGCUUAAUGAAUUGGACCCAAAGAUCAAGAACUUGCUACCGUUGACUGACACCAGAUUUAGACCAGACCAAAGAUUUCUAGAAGAAGGAAAUGUUGAAGGAGCUGAGAUGCAAAAACAGAGGAUAGAGCAGUUGCAAAGAGAACGGAGGAGAGUUUUAGAGGAAAACAAUUUGGAACAUCAGCCUCGAUUUUUCAGGAAGUCUAAUGAUGACUCUUGGGUAACAAAUGGCUCCUACUGGCAGCUCAGAAGAGAUCCAGGAUUUAUUAAAUUGGACAGCCCAGUGAUAUGGUGAAACAAUGACUUUUUUCAAGUAUUGCACUGAACGCUACUGAUAUCACGGACAAAUAAUAUAUAUCAGCGUGUUUAUUGUAAUAAAAAUUGGGAACAAUAUCCACACCUAGUCCUUAAUCUAACCUUGACUAUUAUUGUGAAUAGUAUGUUAAAUAUUCUUUCUCAGAAUAUUAAGAAGGUAAAAUUAACAUGGUAUGUGCACUUGAUCUGGUAACAAAAUAGAAUUUUGUUCACACAUUACUGAUAACACAUAAGUACUAAUAUUUUCUUUUGUAUAGAUGCAGUAUCAUUUUGGAUUGUUCUUGCUAGUCCUCUUGAUUUUAAGUAAUCUGAACAAGAUUAUAAAGCAUGUAAAAUGCUGGACAUCAAGUAAACAUAUUGUGACAAAGAAUAGAUAUCAACUACUUUUUGGAAGGGUUCACCUUUUAUACUUAAUUUUGUUUUAAAAAUCUUGAUAAUGAAAAAUUAGAAUCCAUAAUAAUUUAUAUUUGGUUUCUAAUUGGAAAAUGUUACCCUGCUCAUAAGGGGUUUUAAGUACAUACCAAAGAAGAGCCAAUUUAUUGUUUUCUAUGACUGUAUGUUUCCAGGAAGAGUGGUACAAAUAACAUUUUCUUAUUAAAAUUCAGUAAGGGAAACUUCUCUCUCCAGGUUUAUAUUAUCAAUGAUGUCCUCUUUGUCCUAAAACAUAAUGACCGAUUUAUACAAAAGAAAAAAAAAAGAACAUAACACCCUUGUUGGUUUCUCUUCAUCCAGUUUCAAGCUUUGUAACAGUGCUCAUGAUGGGGUGCACAUACUGAUUCUAAAUAUAAAAAAAAUGUAUAAAAUUUAAUAUAGUCUCAAGUAAAAAGGGAACAUAUAUAUACAUACCUGUAUGUGUAUAUUGCAUGUAUUUAAAUAAGGAUACAAGUAUAAUGUAUCUGAUGAUGCUUGAGUCAGUAAAAAGAAUUAUUUUUUAUAUUUUUAAUAUAUAUAUAUAUAAACCUACCACAUAUUGCCUUUACUGGAUCUUUUUCAACCCUGUAAUAUUUCUUUGUAUUUUCAAAAUAUUAUGUUAAAUUAUUGUAAUAUUCAGAGAUUAUUUGUGGAAUUUACUCACAGGUUUUUAUUAAAGGCCAUUUUACUUGUUCUGCCACAAAACAUAUAUAGGGCUAAAUAUUCUUUUGGAGGAAAAAUGAUGUUGUAAAAUAUUUUAAAAUAAUUUUAUUUUCAAUUACAGAGUAUGUAUUUUUGGCCUUUAACAUUUAACUACCAAAAUGAAACAUAUGUUCUGAUUGUAAGUUUGCAACAAUAGGAUCUGUCAGAUGCUAAUGGAAAAUGAUUGUGAUAAUGUGGCCAUAUGGUACAUAUGCUGUGUUAUUUUUGUACCUACAGCUUGAUAUAUAAUGAUCUUGCCAGAACUGUUUGCUUCAAAGGGUGCAUUAGAAGAAGGAAGCACUACAGCUGAGUUAUUCAAUGUCAGUCCUCAUAACCACUAACAAACACAAUCAGUAACUGUUGUUCUCUAAUCUGUUGUCAUCCAGAAUUCCAAAAUUCUGGACUGUUAGUGGGUCCUGGGAACAUAAAUGUAGGACUCCUGGAUUAAAGCAUAGUAAUCUAACACCGGAAGGCAUAGCACUUCUUACAGCUGUAUAUUUAUUGACAUAUUUUACACAUCAUUUUUGUAUUUUGUGAUCUUCAAUCCCCAUACCACUUUCUUAUUAUAACAAAGUUAAAUGUUGCAAUAUUUGAAUCCAUACUUAAAUAAAAUAUUUAAUUUUAAGAACAGGCUAUGUUUCUAAACAAUACCUAUGGCAUUAAUAAAUAAUAUCUAUAUCAUUUCCCUUGUGAGUUUUCUGAUUGUCCAUUGUGUUAUCAGUUUGUUUCUGUGUGUCUAUAUGUCUUGUGUUUCACACUUGAUGUAGAUGUUGAUCUUAUUAGAAGAAUACAAUUUUUUGAAAAUUAAACUGUCUGGCCACUAUCAUAGGUAACAUCUUGAUUGCUAGUUCUAUGUCUUUUCCAUGUAAUCAUCAUAAUUAAUGAUGCUAACUAUUUUUACACACUUUAAACACACUGUUUGUUAUAUUUAUAGUCAAAUACUGAAUGCACCAUAAUAUUUCAGUUUUGUUCUUAAUCCAUUUCUACAUAUGUUAUUCAGUACACAAAAUUAAUGUCUUCCAGAAAUAAAGAAUAAUAGCCUUACUUCAAAUGUAACCAGAUGAGCUGCUAUUACAUGUCUUAAGUUUAGAACAAUAAUAAUACAUUUGGGUACAGAAUUUAACGUUUGCAUGACUAUUCCCUAUAAUUAUGUAAAUAAAACUAUAUUUCACAUUGUUA